UUAAGUGCCGCCCACUUUAUUCAGUGCUUCCUCCUUCUGGUCUUGACGGUUUCAUUUGGCUUCUAUCGAAAGCAUUUUUAAAUGCCCUGAUCAUGAGGGAGUGAUGAGCAGAGAUUUUUUCCUCUUUUUCCUCCUCCUCUGUCCAUGUCCCGGGACAGGGAACUCAGGACUGGACAGAUGGAAGGUGUCAGUCGCUUGCUUUGUGACGGACAAUCCCAGCCUGCUGGAGAUGGCAUGUGAGCUCACAACCAACGACCGAAUCUUACUUUACUAUGACAGCACGACACCCAGUGUCCAGUUCCUCGUGAGUGGCUUCGAGGAUUACCGUGGCAUUUUUGAGGAACUCGUGCAGGAUCGUGACAGGGCCCUGAUAUCAUUGCGGAGGACGAUGGCCCUAACGGCUGCAGUGACCAACCACUCAAGCCCCCCAAACGAAAUUGCUCAGCUCUUCCUGUAUCCAGAAAAGGAUGUAGUCUACGGCCAGGAAAGCAUCUUGAUCUGCUUGGUGAGUGGCUUGUUCCCGCCGACAAUUGACAUCACCCUGCAGAAGAAUGGCGCACCCCUCGACGCUCAUGUUAACUCCUCGAAGCUCUCAUUUGGCGAAGACUGGCGGUUCCAAGUGCUCCAUUAUGCACAGGUCCGGCCUGAGGCUGGGGACACGUAUUCCUGCAAAGCGCUUCACACCAUCAGUCGUGAGGAGAAGAUCGUGUACUGGGAAGUUGAAUCUGUUUCUGCAAGGUUGUACUACAGCUAUACGCCGGAUUCAAAAAGAAAUGUAGACAUCUUCAAUAUAAAUUCCAUUCCCUUUUUGUUCUAUGAUUAUGGAGCACAAAUGUUUGUUUUAAAUGGGAAUGUGACAGAUGGGAUAAAGGAACUGGGCCAAGAAGAAGUGACUUAUUACACAGAGAGAGCUCGUGGGUUCAACACUCGACUGCAAACCAUCACUGAAGAAAUUAUAAAGCUGACAAAUGCUAAAAGCAUCAUCCACAAAAAGCCAGUUGUACACAUUUACACCAAGGAAAACUACACCCCACGAGAGUCAAACACCCUGUUCUGUUACGCAGAAAAAUUUUACCCUUUCGAAAUUGACAUUACCCUCUUGAUCAAUGGGAAGUCAUUCACUGGGCCGGUCAAUUCAUCACAAUUAAUGGUUGAGACGGACUGGACAUUUAACAUCUUAAAAUACAUCAGGAUUGAUCCACAGGAUGGAGACACCUACAGCUGCCAAGUAGAUCAUAUGAGUCUCGAUAAACCGCUUACUGUUUUAUUAGAUCAGCCUCCUGCACAGCCACACUCUGGGACCAUUGUCUGUGCUGUUGGUGUUAUUGCUGGAGUUCUCGGGUUGCUGAUAGGUCUGUACCUGGUUACAAAAAUACACAAUCGACAAGGAAAGCCUUGUUCAAGACCAUUCUGCAAAGAAUAACUUUGUGGUGGAGCUUGGAAAUAUCACUGAUAAAGAUUAGACAUCAUUGGGAGAAGAGAGAGGAGCCAUCUUCACGAGCAGGAUGUUUCUGGAUUAUUCUGUUUAACAAGAUGUAAUGUCAAAUAUUAAUCAAAGUUCAUCAAUUGUUCCUGGUGUGUUGUGAGAUUGUAGACAAUAUAAAGGAACUGUCCAAUUCUUGUGUAAAUCUACUAAAGAUCAUCAAUAAACUGAAUUGUAUCAUG